AUGGUGGUGCCCGCUCCUCGCCGAUCUGUGGUCCUUCCCAACGAGGUCCUCCGCAUGAUCCUCGAGCUAAUGCUCGUCUUCUCCUCGGUCUCCCCUCCUGGCAGACCUAUCAAUGCGGCACGGUUCGGCAUGCUUUUCAAGUGCAGCAUGCUCGCCAAGUUCACUGUCGUCUCCCGGCAAUUCCACGAGGUCGCCCUCGCCGUGUUCUACGAGCACAACUUCUUCGACUUCGCCGCCAACAACAACCACUGCACCUCCCUUGGUGUUGUGAAGGCACCGCCCCUGCCUUCUCUCCACCUCCACUCCAGCCUCCGUCACAUUCGUGUGCUCCUGCACCUGACCGACUCGUGGGAUGACCUUGUCCAGCUUUCCGACCGUGUCCGCCACGACAUCCACCCCUUCGCCAAUAUCGAAGACCUCUUCCGCUUCUGCCCUGCGGCCCGCGUCCUGGAGCUCCUCUCUACCACCAUGACGGACCUGAAGAUCCUCGACCUCCACAUCGUUGCGGAAUUUCGCAUUCCUGACAGCAAGGCAGCAAUCGCUGUCUACCGCUCGGCUGGGUUUUCGGUGCGCGCUCGUGUGGUCAAGCUCACCAUCGUGAACGGCAUUGACGGUCGCUCUGAGUCCUGGCACACUUCAUUGAAGAACGUCAUUGUCUAA